AUGCCUUUUGUAGACAAGUACGACACGCAGCCUCCUUUGGAGUUACUGCGUCAGUUAAUGGAUUACGGCAGCAUGUUUGAUAGAGCGCAUCUUGAAGACCGAAUGAACGUGGUGGAUGUACAGUACAUGGGGUGCAUGAACCCCACGGCGGGUUCAUUCAAUAUCAGUUCUCGUCUGCAGCGUCAUUUCUCCGUUUUAACUUGUUUUGAACCGGAAGCAGAAACCAUUGAGCGCAUCUACGGCAGCAUCUUGCAUCAUCAUUUGCUGGCUUUCGACGCUUCUGUUGCUGAACUUGGGGCAAACGUCGUUCAAGCUGCAAUUGAAGUCUUCUCGCAAAUCCAUGCAGACCCUGCCUUUCUACACUCCGCCAAGAAAUUCCACUACAACUUCAAUCUCCGUGAUCUCUCCAACAUCUUUCAAGGUGUGCUGAGGUCUUCAGCUUCCCUCUACAGAGAGACAACAGGAGGAAGGCUUAAACUGGUUCGGCUCUGGCUGCAUGAAUCCAACCGCGUUCUAAGGGACAGACUCAUAUGUGAAAGCGAUAUGACUGCCCUCGAUAAUAUCCUCAAAGCAGUCACAAAGAAACACUUCCAAGACGAAGACCAAGAACUCAUCCAUGCAACGCCCAACGUAAUGUGCUCCUUCUUGGCCGAAGCAUCCGGAAACGACGCAGUGUACAUACCGGCAGCAAGCAUGGAAUCCUUGCGUUCAGUGUUAGAAGAGAAGCUGGAGGAGUAUUGUCAGACUUUUACGCAGAUGAAUUUGGUUUUGUUUGAAGACGCCGUGCUGCACGUGACUCGAAUAUGCAGAGUCAUUGAUUUGCCUGGAGGCAAUGCUCUCCUUGUUGGUGUUGGAGGCAGCGGAAAGCAAAGCCUCAGCAGGCUUGCAUGCUUUAUAUCUAAACUCGACACCUUUCAAAUUGUUGUCAGCCAGCACUACGACGCUGCAGCGUUCAAACUGGAUAUGCAGGAGCUAAUGAACAAAGCCCUCGUAAAGCCAGGGACGCCGCAUGCACUGCUGCUGACAGACCAACAAAUAGUAGACGAAGAGCUCUUAGUCUACGUAAACGAUCUUCUUGCAUCAGGCAAUAUCCCUGAUCUAUUCACAAGAGAUGAAUACGAACAAAUAUUCGCAGCGCUCAGAAAGCAACUGCGCCCUGGAGCUGCAGCAAACACGCGAGAAGCCAUGAUGGAGGUGUUUACAGACAAAGUGCAAACCAAUGUCCACCUCAUCCUUUGUCAUUCUCCUGUUGGUGAACACCUCCGCGUAAGAGCUCGCAAAUUCCCCGGCCUUAUUUCAGGAACGACAAUCGAUGAAUUCCAUCCUUGGUCGAGAGAUGCACUCGUGCAAACCGGCACUGCCUUCCUCCAGGAUGUGGAGCUUCCUACUGAAGAUUUGCGGGUAUUGUUGGCUGAGCACAUGGCAAAUGUGCACUUGAGUAUAGACAGUGCAAACGAACGCUUUUUGCGAGAAGAGAGGCGGCACAACUACACCACUCCGAAAUCCUUCUUGGAAUUGAUUGCCUUCUACAAACAGUUUCUAGAGAGAAAGAGAAAAGAGGCAGACCUUUCAAUAGCACGGCUGCAGAAAGGUCUCACUACGCUGAAAGAAACAACAGCAGAAGUAGAAGGGCUCCGUGAAGACUUAAAAGAAAAAAUGGCCGUCGCCGAUGAGAAGAAAGCAGCAGCGGACGCGCUGGUUGAACAAGUGCUGAAGGCAUCUGCCAUUGCAGAUGAAGAGGCUGUCAUUGCAAAUACAGAAAAAGACAAAGCUAAUCAACUCAGUGAAGAGGCAGCUGCAAUCCAGCAAAAGGCAGACGAAGAACUCUCGGAGGCAAUGCCUGCUAUGGAGAGAGCCAGAGAGGCUGUUAAAUGCCUAACCAAGCCUGCUAUACAAGAGUUGAAGUCGCUUCCUAAGCCGCCUGCAGAAUGUUUAGAAGUCACAAAAGCUGUUCUUAUAAUGCGCGGAGAGACAAAAAACACCGAGUGGAAAGCAGCACAAAAAAUGAUGAGCGAUCCUGCAAAGUUCCUGGACCAGGUGCGAGCUUUUGAUGCGGAGAAUAUGACGGAGGAAACGGUGAACGCCAUAACUCCGAUAAUUUCGCAGCCUUUUUUCAACUUUGAAGUGAUGAAGGGAAAGUCUUUAGCUGCUGCUUUUCUUGCAAAUUGGGUCGUCAACAUCGUUACUUACAACACCAUCUACCGCAAGGUAAAACCACUAAUGGACAAAUUCGCAGAGGCAACGGAAUCCAAAAACAAAGCCGACUCCAAUCUCGCUCAAGUCCUAGAACGAGUUAGAGAAAUCAACGAGAAGGUAGCAAAGCUGCAGCAGAAGAUGCAAGAGGCUGACGAGGAGCGGCAGGGUGUGGUGGCUCAAGCGACAGAAUGCCAGUUGAAGUUGGACUUAGCAGAGAGGCUUGUAAAUGGACUAGCAGACGAAAACAAAAGAUGGAAUGAAUCAAUGAAUGAACUCGAAUCUUCAAAGCUAACAGUCAUCGGAGACUAUCUCCUCGCUGCAGCCUUCGUCUCCUAUGCAGGAGCUUUCUCAGCUCCUUUCCGCGUCGACCUCAUAGAGGGAGCAUGGAAGGCAGACUUGUUGAAACAGAACAUCCCCUUUACUUCAACUGUAACUCCCUUAGACGUUUUAGCAGACGAAGCGGAUAUCGCGCUGUGGAAAAA